AGACCUUCAUCAAGAUGCAGAUCUUCGUCAAGACCCUUACGGGUAAGACUAUCACCCUCGAGGUGGAGUCCUCGGACACCAUUGACAAUGUCAAGUCCAAGAUCCAGGACAAGGAGGGUAUCCCCCCCGACCAGCAGCGUCUGAUCUUCGCUGGUAAGCAGCUUGAGGACGGCCGUACUCUUUCGGACUACAACAUCCAGAAGGAGUCCACCCUCCACCUGGUGCUCCGCCUGCGUGGUGGUGGUAAGAAGCGCAAGAAGAAGGUCUACACCACCCCCAAGAAGAUCAAGCACAAGCACAAGAAGACCAAGCUUGCCGUCCUCAAGUACUACAAGGUCGACGGUGAUGGCAAGAUCGAGCGUCUUCGCCGCGAGUGCCCCUCCCCGGAGUGCGGUGCUGGUAUCUUCAUGGCCGCUAUGCACAACCGCCAGUACUGCGGAAAGUGCCACCUCACCUACGUCUUCGACGAGUCCAAAUAAAUGGACUAAGUCGAUCGUCUCGCCAUGUCUUCUUUCCGGUAGCGCCUAGCAAUGUCGGUCGUGAAUGUAUGGUGGAUGAGGUUGGGACGUGUGCGCUUUGAUCG